AGAAUAGUUCAAGAAGAAAAUGAUGCCUCAUUAAUUUUUGAUAGGGGAUCUUAAAAUAAAAUUACAAAAUGGACAAUAAAGAUGAUGAAUUACCAGACAAAGAUGCGGCAAAAGAAUUUUACGCUCGAUAUGAACCUAAAGAAAUACUAGGAAGAGGAGUAAGUUCUACUGUUCGACGAUGUAUUGAAAAAGAAACUGGAAUUGAAUUUGCGGCAAAAAUUAUUGAUCUUAGCAAUGAUCCUGAAAAUAGAGAAGCAACUAUGGAGGAAAUUAAUAUUUUAAGAAUGGUUAUUGGACAUGAAUAUAUAAUUCAUUUGCAUGAUGUGUUUGAAUCAGAGACAUUCAUAUUUUUAGUUUUUGAACUUUGCAGAAACGGAGAACUUUUUGAUUAUUUAACCAAUGUAGUGACCUUGUCUGAAAAAAAAACAAGGUAUAUCAUGAGACAGUUAUUUGAAGCAUUACAACAUGUACACAAUCAAGGAGUUGUUCAUAGAGAUAUUAAACCUGAAAAUAUAUUAUUGGAUGAUGCUAUGGAUAUAAAAUUAACAGAUUUUGGUUUUGCUAGUGUAUUAAAGCCCGGACAACUACUUCGAGAUUUAUGUGGAACCCCUAAUUAUUUAGCUCCAGAAGUUUUAAGAGUCAAUAUGUUUGAUGAUGCUGAAGGAUAUGGAUUCUCUUGUGAUUUGUGGGCGUGUGGUGUAGUUAUGUAUACACUAUUAAUUGGUUGCCCUCCAUUUUGGCAUAGAAAACAAAUGAUUAUGUUAAGAAAUAUAAUGGAGGGAAAAUAUUCAUUUGACUCUCCUGAAUGGCAAGACAUUUCUGAAGCUCCUAAAGAUCUAAUUCGAAAACUCUUGGUAUUAAAUCCAAAUGAGAGGUUUACCGUUGAUGAAGCAUUAGAACAUCCCUUUUUCAAUGUUAAAAUGUUUGAUCAAGACAUCGUACCACUUAAAAGAACUCUAAGUAUGAAAUCAACAAAAUUUAAUGAAAUCUCCCAGCUUGCAAAACAAAUUAAGGUUCGACCUUUCAAUGCUCGAAAGAAGUUUCUAUAUGCAAUUCUAGUUGUUCGAGUUAUAAUAAGAUUAAUUCAUUUAUUACCUUGCUCAACUGGUAAAAUAUCUGUGACUUUGGCAAAGCAAGACCCCUAUAGACAUAAAAUUCUAAGAAAACUUAUUGAUGCUAUGGCAUUCAGGGUUUAUGGUCAUUGGAUUAAAAAAGGCGAAGGUCAAAACAGGGCAGCCCUUUUUGAAAAUAUACAUAAGACUGAACUAAAAGCUAUAUAUAUUAGUAAUUUGUCUCCAUCAGUGUAGAUAGAUUGAAAUGUUUUGCUUCUAUUUUGUUGGACAUUUUUUGAAGUACUCUAAGAAAAUCUUGAGUUACUGUGCUUCUAUAAUAGAUAUAUUUGAAAGCGUUAUUUUUUUUUCUGUAAAACAUUAUUUUUCUUUGUAUUACUGAAAACUGCGUUUUUAAAGUUUUAUUUAAAUUACUAGUCAAUUAGAUGUAUAUUUUUUGUGUUCAUAUUUUAAAAAUAGUUAAUUUUUCUUUAAACUAACCUAAUUAUUAUUAGUUACCUUAUUAGCUUACAAAUAUUUUUAUGUAGUUAUUUUUUGUUGAUCUAGCCAUAAU